AUGAGCAAGGAAAAGAAGACCGUCGCGGCAUCCAACACGGCCCGCAGCAAGGGCCACAGCACGGCGAGCCCGACCACGCCGGAGGUGGUGAAUUACAUGACGCCGUUUAGCUUUUCAGGCGAGACGCAGGAGGCGGCGGGCCGCAUCUACCGCCUCCCGAGCAAGACCGACUUCUACACUUUUCGCACCUUCGCCGACUCGCUGGAGGGCUUCACCUUGCGCUACAACCGCGCCAACGAGGUGAUGGUGUGGGAAAAAAAGUUGCCCAACGAGUCAAUGCAUGUCAUCAAGGUGUUUGGUAUAUUUGUAAAGACCAAGGAUAACCCCAGUGGCGGUGCGACCCCGACGGAGCUCUACAACCUCUUGCAAGAUCCUAUUUUCCGAGAGCAGUGGGACGAGUACCGCCAGGAGGCGUUCCGCGUCUUGAGCUUGAGCGCUAACACGGAUAUUGGCUACUACGCGGCUAAGAGCCCGAUGCCGCUCGUGGCGAAUCGCGACUUUGUGAACCAGCGCAUGUGGUAUGAGGCGGGCCGAGACGAGUACGUUAUCUUCAACACAUCGGUGCCGCACUCGGCGGUGCCACCAACGUACCAGAAGGACGCGCACCGCAACAAGCACGGGCCGUACAUCCGUGCCAUCUCGAAGCUGACGGGGUAUCUGAUCCGCCCAUGGAAGAACCCGAAGAGCGGCGAAGUCGAGGGCGCGAGUCUCACGUACGUUACGCAGACCGACCCGGGUGGCUGGAUCCCGGUGAGCCUGACAAACUACAUCGCCACCAAGUUCGCCCCGAACACGAUGAAGAACGUAGCAGAGGCACUGCCACAGUUCCGUCUGUGGUUCAAGGAGCAGCUGGAGGCUGGCACGUACACAAAGGACUGGGAUCUAACCCCCGAGUGGUGGGUCGAGGAUGGCAGCGACGACGUCGUCAAGAAUGAAACGGUCGAGUUCGCCGUUAAGAAGUGGAGUGAGGAGCCCACCGUGAAGUAG